UUAAUCGCUGCUUGAUUUUAUUACGAAUAUCGGAUUAAGCUAGCAUUUGCCUUUGUUUUUGUGAUUUUUUUGGUUGUUGUGAUGAAUUUUUUAUUUAAUCAAAGCAUUUGGAAUGAUGCACGCAAACUGUUUGAUGAAAAGCCUCAGAAACAAGUUGGGUCAUUCCCGUUCCUUUUAACGUAUUUUAGUUGUUCUGCUAAUGGAUUGUACUAACUGGUAACUUUACUUGUGCUUUUUGAGCUUCCCGGUGAUUACUGAUUAGUGUAAUUUUUGUUCAUUCUUCCAGUGCGCGCGGAUUAUUUCAGACUCUUAACUGAAUCAAUCCUUGCGUUUUCAGUUUCACCAUUUCGUGCAACAGGAUAUAAGUCAUCCAUAUGUCACAAACUGUAACCAAUUAACCAUGUUCUUAUUCUUCUUUAAAGCACUUCAGUAGUGUUGACUAAAAAUUCAAUGUUAAGGCGUAAGAGUGGAUAUUUGUAUAAUUAUUAAGAGUUAAGGGGUACUUUACAAUUUUGCAAAUAGAAAGGAGAUGAAUUUAAUUACUCUGAAACUAUCCUCCGAUACAGAACCAAUGGAAAAACCAUCAGAAACCGAAGAACCCUCUUCAACUUCGUUGCCAGAUCACCAAAACUGGAUAGCAGCACAAGAUUUGCUGAGGGAGAAGCUGAUCAGAGAGGAUAGCUUCACAUGGAAAAUACCCGAAGACCGUUCGGAUUCGGAGGAAGGAUUAUUGAGAUACAUUGGCGGAGUUGAUAUAAGCUUCUCAAAAGAUGACCCAUCAAUGGCGUGUGGCACACUUGUGGUUUUGAACUUAAGAACUCUGCAAGUUGUUUAUGAAGACUUCUCUUUGGUCAAUAUUCGAGUUCCCUAUGUUCCUGGCUUCCUUGCAUUCAGGGAGGCCCCAAUUCUUUUAGAGAUUCUGGAGAAAAUGAAAAAGAGUGGUAGUUCUUUCUACCCACAGUUGUUAAUGGUUGAUGGAAACGGAAUACUACAUCCCCGAGGCUUUGGCCUGGCCUGUCAUCUAGGAGUUGAGGCAAAUCUCCCAACCAUUGGAAUUGGAAAGAAUUUGCAUCAUGUGGAUGGUCUUAAUCAAUCUAGGGUUAGAGAGCUUCUUGAAGCUGGAGAAAAUUCUUGUAAAGAUCUCAUUAAUUUGGUAGGUUGCUCAGGGCAUAUAUGGGGAGCGGCCAUGAGAUCUACACAAGGAUCUAUAAAGCCAAUAUUUAUAUCAAUUGGUCAUCGGAUUUCACUUCAAACUGCUCUUAGACUAGUUCAGAUGACUUGCAAGUAUCGUGUUCCCGAGCCAAUUAGACAGGCCGAUAUAAGAUCCAGAGACUACAUUCGGAAGCUCAAAAUGAAUGCCAGAAUGAAAUUUCUCAUUGGUGAGACUUACUUGAACUGGAAACAGAUGUUGCAAAUGUGUUGCAAACCAUGAUGGUUAUUACAAGAUGAUAGCAGGUGGCAAAACUGUAUCGACCACUUGUAAACAACAAAGGUGAUGAGAUUAAUGUAUGAUUAAUCACAUGAUAUUGUUGUGAAUUGUGACACAACUGUAAUGAAAUUAUGAAAAUGGGACAUUGUUAUGAUCCUGAAAAAUUGGCCCAAGCUAAAAUGGGCAAGAGAAAUUUGAAGGGAAAGAUGGUAUGACCGUGAUUCCAUAUAUUCAAGUGUAGCUUGUACCUGAUUUUGAUCCAUAUCCCCAUGAAUUUUGUCUCAGUACUUUUCUUUAUAAUCACACUCCAUUAUUUCCCAGAUUUACAUACAUACUGCAUACAUCUCAGACAACCCCAUACAUA